CAAGGUACCACCCGCCGUAGUACCUAGACUCUUCGCCGCCCUCCUUCUUUUACCCCUUUACCAUCCAGCGGGCCAUUAGAUGGCUUGUUUCUGGCGCCAUGGUGCGUCAAAGGAACCUCUCAAAUGCUUCGUCGACUGCUUCUCUCCCCGAAAGUAAUCAGGAGCUCGAGAGCAUGUAUGACUAUCUGGCCAAGGUCAUUCUUCUAGGGCCGAGCGGGGCCGGAAAGUCUUGCGUGUUACACCGAUUUGUGAAGAGCGAAUGGCGAGUGCUGUCAUCUCAAACGAUUGGGGUUGAAUUCUCCUCGAAGAUCGUCAAAUUAGGCGCCGGGCCGCGACGAACACGGAUCAAAUUGCAGCUGUGGGAUACCGCUGGAACGGAGAGGUUUCGAUCUGUCUCCAGGUCGUAUUACCGAGGAGCUGCAGGGGCCAUUCUCAUCUAUGAUAUAACAUCUCACGCGUCAUUUGUCUCUCUUCCCACGUUCCUCAUGGAUGCACGUGCACUUGCUUCCCCCAAUCUGAGCGUCCUACUAGCCGGUAAUAAGUCAGACCUUGCCUCCGACUCCGUACCACCUUGCGAUUCCCUUGAUGACAAUGCACGCCCACCUCCCACACCGUCUAGUACAUCCAGCAAGGUGUCUUUUCCAUUUGGAUCAAGCGGCGGCUCCGUUCGCUCAAACUAUGAUACCACAACGAGAAUGACGGCCACGCAUGCACCUCACGGUCGUGAGGUCAGUACCGAAGAGACUUCGCACUGGGCGGCUAAGUCCAACAUUCCUGUUGCAGUCGAGAUCUCAGCUCUCACGGGUGAGGGCGUAGAAGAGCUCUUCAACCGGCUGGCCCGGAUAAUUCUCACAAAGAUCGAGUUGGGCGAGAUUGACCCGGACGACCCCCAAAGCGGGAUUCAAUACGGUGACGGGGCUCUCUAUGGCCAUGGCACGAGCGAUGGUUCCAGCAUUCGAAGUCGCAUGUCGCUCGACGACGGUGCUGUCCAAUUACAUCACAGACAUCCAAGAAAGAAUACUACUAACAAUUGGAAGACUGGCAUGAGGGAAUGGGAAGAUGUAUUUCGCUUGAGCGAUUCGCACCACAGGAGAGGUCGCGGCUGCUGCUAGUAUUCUUUGGCCCGAGUUACCACUAAUCAACAGCUUUGUUAUUCGCGGUUUUCCUUUUAUAUGUUUUCCGGUGAUUACACCCGACACUGGUCUCAACCUGCCACGAUAAACUGAGCUCACCGCAUCUUGACUUUGCUUACAGAACGGCUGGUCGGUUGUCCAAAUUAUGUCGUGGAAGAGCACUGCGUCAUUUCGGCCGAAAGCUUACUUUUUUGACCUCUCAUCAUUUGUGAGGUGACUGAAGGCCAGUAGGCUUGGUUCGUGCAGCAUGAUACCCCC